CGGUUCCUAUAUUAACGCUCUCCCCCGUUUCCCCCUCUCCCCCUCCUCAAUCUCAAGAUCCAAAAACCCGCUACCCCCGAUCCAGAUCUGACAACCAUGGGCUUCGAAACCAAAGGCCCACUGAAGUUCCUGAUCUACGGCCGCACGGGCUGGAUCGGCGGACCUACAAUCGGCCGAUGUGCCGAGAGCCAACCGGAUCGAGUACGAAUACGCAGCGCCCCGGGCCGGCUGGAGAACCGGGCUGCCCACGCUGGAGGACGACGUGUUGCGCGGGCCCAGCCCACCCACGUGGAUCAACGCCGCCGGUGCGGUAACGGGCCGGCCAACGUCGACUGGUGCGAGACCACAGCGGUGCGAGACGAUACGGCGCCAACGUCGUUUGCGCGGACUCUGACCCUAGGCUGAUGUUGCAGGGAGAAGGGCCUGGUGCUCAUUAAUUAUGCGACUGGGUGCAUCUUUGAGUACGACGGUGCGCAUCCCGAGGGGUCUGGGGUCGGGUUUAAGGAGGAGGACACGCCCAAUUUUGUUGGGUCCUUUUAUUCCAAGACCAAGGCUAUGGUUGAGGAGCUACUCAAGAACUACGAGAACGUCUGUACUCUCCGAGUCAGGAUGCCAAUAUCCUCAGACCUUUCCAACCCUCGCAACUUCAUCACCAAAAUCGCUAGGUAUGACAAGGUCGUCAACAUCCCAAACUCCAUGACCAUCCUUGAUGAGCUCCUGCCUAUCUCAAUCGAAAUGGCGAAGAGGAACCUCACCGGGAUUUGGAACUUCACCAACCCUGGUGUUGUAAGCCACAACGAGAUCUUAGAGAUGUACAGAGACUACAUUGACCCAAGCUUCACCUGGAAGAAUUUCAAUCUUGCAGAGCAAGCUAAGGUGAUUGUUGCACCUAGGAGCAACAAUGAAUUGGAUGCCACCAAAUUGAAGAAUGAGUUCCCUGAGCUUCUGUCCAUUAAGGAGUCGCUUAUAAAGUAUGUGUUCGAGCCAAACAAGAAGACAUCUGCUGCUUGAUUGGUUGUAAGCUCAUUUCCGUUUCAUUUUUCAUUUCACAUUUCUUAGUAAUUCUAGUCAUUUGUAUUUGUGCUAUUUCGGUGGAUUUAUGAGACAAUAAACGUUAAGUAAUGUGUUCUGAGGUAGCCAUUGCACGCAUUAAUGUGAAAUUUCUGUCGAUGGCAAAGAAAAACUUUUGACGUCUACUGGUCCUUGUUAUGGUGCUUUGUAUUUUUCUCAUA